GCAGCCAGACACAAAGAGAGGGGCCGUUCGCGGGGUGGGGUGGGGGGUUCGCUAUGUCGGAUGACGAUUCGAGGGCCAGCACCAGCUCCUCUUCAUCUUCAUCCUCCAACCAGCAGACCGAGAAGAAGGAGAGUAAAGUCAGCAUGAGCAAAAACUCGAAGCUCCUCUCCACCAGCGCCAAGAGGAUCCAGAAGGAGCUGGCAGACAUCACUUUAGACCCUCCACCAAACUGCAGUGCUGGUCCCAAAGGUGACAACAUCUAUGAGUGGAGAUCAACCAUUCUCGGGCCUCCGGGGUCUGUGUAUGAAGGUGGUGUAUUCUUCCUUGAUAUCACAUUUACACCAGAAUAUCCCUUUAAGCCUCCAAAGGUUACGUUUCGUACAAGAAUUUAUCACUGUAAUAUUAAUAGCCAAGGAGUUAUUUGCUUGGACAUAUUGAAAGACAACUGGAGCCCAGCACUAACCAUCUCGAAAGUCCUCCUCUCUAUCUGCUCACUCCUUACAGACUGCAACCCUGCUGACCCUUUGGUGGGAAGUAUUGCCACUUAGUAUAUGACCAACAGAGCAGAACACGACAGAAUGGCCAGACAGUGGACCAAGAGAUACGCUAUAUAAACUGGGUUUUCAGUUCUUACAUU